GCAGAGCAUGGCAGAGGAUCGACAUCGCCAGGAGUAUCCUCAGCACCAACGGCCCGAGGAUAUCAAGCAACACCAACCUGUGCCUUCGUACUACCACCACCUCCCUCCACGGGACGCACCCCCUUCGAAUCCCGAGAGCAGUGCCCAUUCUCGAACCACCAUGGCAACCUCAGUCACCUUGCCGUCCAUCCACGACUCCCGGCCCAGCGGCUACGGCCCCCCUCUUCCAGCAGGCCGAGGCUACGUGAGCGACCCGCGAUAUGCGUCUCCGAAUGCCGUCAAUGGCUAUCCUCCACCCCCCGGAAGCCAACAGCAGCCAGCCGCAUACCUCCCGCCGCUGCAGCCUCAGUCGGACCCGCGGUCUGCAUACCCUCCGCCCGAGCCGCGAGGUGCAUAUUACGACGACCGCCGUCCUCCUCCCCCCCACCCGGCCUAUCAUGACCAGUACUCCACAGACUAUUACUACCGAGGGCUCCCGCAAGGCCACCAUAACGGUUAUGCUCACGAUUACGCGCGCCCUCCUCCGGGCUACGCACAGGACUAUGGUCAGCCGGGCAUGGAGCGCCCUAGGGAAGCUCCCAGACAGCGGACUUCCAUUGCCUGCAGGUAUUGCAGAAAACGAAAGAUUCGCUGCAGCGGCCACCAGAACGCUCCCGGCGGCAAGUGUCAGAAUUGCGCUCGCAUGAACCAGGAAUGCAUCUUCCAACCCGUCAGCUCGUCAAGUUCCACAGCGUUUAUCCCCGUCUCGGCCGUCCCCGGAGGCGUGCCGCCCGGGACGCAGUUAUUCGGAGCCUAUGGCCAGCCUCUGGCCCCGAGCGCCGUGCCUCACCCUCACCCGCACCCGCACCCGCACCACCCGCAACACCACCCGCAACAUCCUUCUCACCCUUAUCCUCCGCCGGCAGGUCCGCCGCACCCACCACCCGGGGCUUAUUAUCAUCCGCAGGGCCAAUCGCCCACGGAUUCAUAUUCCUCCUACGGUGACCUGAGGGGGGAUCCGAGGGGAGAUCCGAGAGCGGAUUUGAGAGGGGAGCUAAGGGGAGAUGAUCAGACGGCAGGACGAAGACGCCGCAGGUCAUCACAAGAUCUGGAUGACGCAUAUAGGCUGCCUCCUCCUCGAGCUGGCGGGCCGGAGGAUGAUCACCGGCGAAGAUCUCCUGCCGAGCUUUCUAACAAUAGCAGCCCCGGCAGCUUCAGCUACUCGCGUUACUCGGGGCCUGCUGCCAGACACAGCCCCCGAAACCCAGCUCUACCGCACCCCUCCAGUGUUGGCACUGCCGAUGGGCGCUCCCCCAUCACACAGCAAAAUGGAUCAAGCGGGUCAUCAACGCCCGCACGAUCGGGCCCCCCAACCGGCCAGUCGCAGCAGUCAAACUCCAUCAUGAGUCUUAGCAAUCUCGUGGACAAGAACGACAUCGACAAAACGAUGAUUGAGCGCCUCAACCGACCUCGAGACACCGGUUCUAGCCAGAGCCAAAGAGAGUCCUCUCGUUAAAGAGGAAUC